AUGGGUCCUGAGGGUCAUGAGAUGUGUCAUCCAUCCAAAGGAUGUCGAGUGGUGUUUGGAGAGCCCAAUGCGGCUGGACUGGGCACAGAUGGCAUUCAGUAUUGGCAUCUGGACUGGGCUCACGCUGCUGAGUUUCAAACAACAUGGUGGGUGGGGGGGGGGCAACUUCACAAAAUCCCAAAUGGCAUCAGUGGUGCUGAGGUAAGAAUGUCUGAUUUAUGGGAGAAGGGUCACAGCAGAAAAAUUGUAGUUGUCACCUGUACUAACGCAGCAAAAAUCUUCAACCUUUUACCCUCGAAAGUGAGAAUUGCCAAAUUCUUUGAUGCAGACCUGGCCAUAUGGGACCCAAAGGCCACCAGGAAGAUUUCAGCAAAGACUCACCACCAUGCUGUGGACUAUAACAUCUUUGAGGGCAUGCAGUGUCAUGGGUUUCCAGUGGUCACUAUCUCAAGGGGGAAGGUGGUUUCUGAAAAUGGGCAACUGUUCACAAAACCAGGCGAGGUACGUUUCAUCCCAUGCAAACCCUUUUCUGAAUUUGUGUAUAAGAGAAUAAAUCAGCGGGAAAAGCUUGGGAAGCCCAGUGCUGUGAGCAGAGAACCGUAUGCUGGAGAAAUCAUAUCUCUAGCCCCAAAAGCAUCCUGA